CUAGUUUUUUACUAGAUUGAUACUACAGUCCACACAGUACACUAGUGCAGAAAGUAGUCAUAGUCAAUCAAUGGCUUCUCACGAUCACCACCAUCAUCAUGACCACGGCCACGGCCACGGUCACGACCACGACCACGACCACGACCACGACCACGACCAUCAUCACCAUUCCCAUGAGCAAACAACGUCGUGGGUGGGGCCUGAUGGAAGAGUUUACCAUAGCCAUGAUGGUCUUGCACCUCACUCUCAUGAACCCAUUUACUCACCUGGAUAUUUCAGCAGAAGAGCUCCACCAAUUCUUACGAGGGAUUUCAAUGAAAGAGCUUUUACUGUUGGUAUUGGUGGCCCUGUUGGUACUGGGAAAACAGCUUUAAUGCUGGCCAUAUGUAAAUUUUUGCGGGACAAGUACAGUCUGGCUGCAGUAACAAAUGAUAUUUUCACAAAGGAGGAUGGUGAAUUCUUGAUCAAGAAUGGAGCACUUCCUGAGGAAAGGAUACGAGCUGUUGAAACUGGAGGUUGUCCUCAUGCUGCAAUUCGUGAAGAUAUCAGCAUAAACUUAGGCCCUCUGGAGGAACUCUCGAGGUUAUUCAAAGCGGACAUACUACUUUGUGAAUCGGGUGGAGAUAAUUUAGCUGCCAACUUUAGUAGGGAGCUAGCUGACUAUAUCAUAUAUAUAAUAGAUGUAUCUGGCGGUGAUAAAAUUCCUAGGAAAGGUGGUCCGGGCAUCACCCAAGCUGAUCUUCUUGUCAUUAACAAGACUGAUCUUGCACCGGCAGUCGGAGCAGACCUGGCAGUCAUGGAGCGUGAUGCACUGAGAAUGCGAGAUGGAGGGCCAUUUGUCUUUGCUCAGGUGAAGCAUGGAGUUGGUGUACAGGAAAUUGUAAACCAUGUUCUACAGGCCUGGGAAGCAGCAACUGGGAAGAAGCAGCAUUGACCUGUGCUUCCAAAAAUUGCUUUAGCCUGUCUUAUUUUAUAGACUGUUCUCGGACCAACCUUUAUAUUCGGUUCUUUAGAAAUAAGGGUGUACUAUUGCUGUGAAUUGUAUUCAUGAUUCAUGAUUACAAUGUACUGCUGCUGUUAGGUUUGCUGGUUUAACAUCAAACUAGAUAACUAAAGUUGCUAUCUUUUCUUGAA